AUGACCGAGUCCGAAUCCACGAGCUGGAGCUACAGGUGGGGUGGUACUGGCAAGGUUCAGUAUGAGAAAGCUCUCAAGAUCGGCAUCACUGGCAGCUACAGCUGGGGUGAGAGCAAAGCAAUGGGCCACAGUUGGAGUAUCAACUUGAAACGAGACCAAUGCGGCUACUUCACUUUUAUUCCUGUUCGCAAAAUCACGUGUGGCACGAUGUCCGAGGGUAAAUGGACGUACCAAAGUCGGAGAUCGCUCUGUAGUGAAGAAGGUGCUGAGCACAUCGGCAACUACUGCGCCGAUCAGAUGUGGAAUAUCAACGACAACGGAAAACUGGUCCCCGACGGCGUCAUUAUCUUCGUCUGGACGAACUGUCUCACACGGGAGCCUCUGCCCAUGGAUAAGCAGGAUCCUGCUUAUCGUGCGCCCGGCGUCGCCCUCGAUGUAAAGACGCUGCAGAGCCUCCAGCAAGGCUGGGUCUGGAACACUUGCUAUCUUUGGGACAUGGGUAAGGACGGGAAAAAGAGACUGUUCAUGCGCGGCUCGGGUUUUCGCGAUGACAUGAUCGGCGCCAACGGCGAGAAGCUGUUCAAGGCCGUCAAGGAAUGUACUAAAAACAAGAUGGAGGGCGCGAGCUUUGACUGGUACUACAACGGCUACCCGAAUGACUCUCCCAAGGUUCAGGGCGCUACUUGGCUUUUCAAAGCAGAUGUUCCAGAGAAGAGUGAUCCGGAUUGUUUUGGGAGACAUUUGAUGCUUAUGGGCGCUGUCACACAAGAUAAAUGUCAGUGA